AUGAGAGUGCACUUUCACUUGGAGCCAUGCUCCGGCGUGGUUUCCAAACUGCUACACACACUAAGCCCCUUCAACCUGCUGUUGGACGACUCAGAACCUGAUUCCAUGUCGAUAUCUAUGUCUACCAAAGGCCUGAGAUUAUUAUUGCUCAUGGAAAUCGUAGAAACAAACUUWAAAGUUAUAACAACAAUUUUAAUACUGUCCUUUUGGGGAGAAUUUAAGGUGGACCGAYUCAAAAUCGACACCGAUCCAGGGAAUUCUUGCAGAUGGGGAUUUUACAACCGAAUAGACACAGCGACGGUGACGGAGAGCAAAAAGACACGAAGACUGCGAGUGGGCAGUGGAUGGUGGAAGUUGGUGCCACCAACGGGCGCCGAGAUAAAUUGUGAAUUUCCCAGUACUGUGCCUGUGAUAUCCAACAUCGUUUGGGAACGAGUGGACCCGGGCAAAGCGGACAAAGAGAUGGCCAUGAGGCGAAUGGGCGAGGUGCAGACGUACGACAUGCACCUGAGGCCCAAAGGCAGCACGUUGCAUUUCCACGACGUGACGCCCCUGGACAAGGGCCUUUACAGGUGUCUGGCGUCGUCCGUGGACAGACUGACGGGUGAACCACAGACGGUGUUUCAAGACACUGACUUCUAUCCGGAUGUGGUCUGAGCCAAACGUUGCCCKCUGAUCAACCCUAGCUGAGGAACACGACAAUGAUGGUGACGAUGGCCACAGCUGUUUUGCAAGCGAGUGGCGAGACUGACAGUGUGACUCGUAUCGUCCUAAUAUAUUAUAAUAUGUAAUACUAUUAUUGUUAAGAUUCUGCUGUAGCGUCACAUACGUUGUAUUAUUUAUACUGUUUUUGUUAUAUCUAUUGCUAUCAUUAUUAUUAUUAUUAUUAUUAUUAUUAUUGAUAUCGAGAUCGUGAUCAUCGUCGCAUUACCAAAAAAUUCAGGGGCUGGUCUAGUAAUCAAAUAUUAGCGAGGGCCCAGACUCAAGAUGUGCACCCAUAUUAUGUAUAAUUCGUAUAAGUAUAGAUAAUCGUUCGUAGCUAUAUUAAAUAAGUGAUUAGCCACCGACAUAUAGAGUUUUGUAGGCACUGUUGAAUACUGAAUACGGAAUACUAACAUAAUAAUAUACGAUUUUACAUAAAAUAAUAUGUGGUAUAAAAUUUUAUCUAGAUAAUAUCAUAUAAUUUUACGAGCACGUAAAGUAUAGGUACCUACCUAUAUAUAAUAUGAAACAGUAUAUCUUCUGAGGGUGCCACCUCCAUAACCUGAACCACUAUACGAAUAUUGUGUUAUCGUUUACUCGAUAGUAUAAAUUUAUGUUUGUUAGACGAUUAAAAUAGUAGUGUCCGUUCGGUAACCACGUCGACGCGUUAAUCCAAUKGUUUUACGGAUCAAACGUGAUCGCAAAGUCUGCAAAAAAUGACAAAGCUAUCCGUCACAUGAAACCGUUUAAUUUUUAGAUACCUAAUAAUAAAUUAUG